CUGCGAGUGUCGUGUUCUUGUAAGCACGCGCCGACUGUGCAUCGGAAACCGAGCGGACCCUGGUCAGCCGCACCCAACCGCCACCAACGCGCCAGCACUCGUCGCGCAACUGUACAACAACCACCGCGACCAUGAGGAGGUACCUCCUUGCUGUUCUGACCUUCUUUGCAUUUUUAUCGCUGUCUCUCGCCGCAUCACCGACAUCCUACUGCAAAUGCACCUGCUUCGGCAAUAGCACCAUAGUCGCCCUCGACGCGCCCUCCACCACGUCGAAACCGCACCUCGAACUGCGUCCACGCGCGAAUAGAAAGUCUUGCAACGACUGCAACCGCCAGUUCUGUCUGGGCUACAGCUUCUGCAAGGGUGAGAAGGAGGAGAAGGUCCUCACAUCGUGUUUCCAGCGAGACUCGACAAAGGACCAGGUCGUGGUGCUGGCCUUCAUCGCUGCGACGGUGGGAUUACUGGGGUAUGCGGGCGUGAGGCCGUGGGUAGACCAAUGGCGAGAGCGCCGCCAAAGCUACAUGCCCGUCUCGGGGCGAGGCAAUCAAUAGACAGAAGCUGCUCGUGCGAUGAUCGAUAUGCAAUUA